UCAGAGAGAGAGAGAGAGAGAGAGAAUGGAAAACUUAUGCAAGAACUUGUGCAAGGACUUCAAGGAAGGAAAAUGUGAAGGGCAAAAAGUGGUGGAUGGAGAAACCAUGCCACUGGUUCUGCAACCACCAGAGCCCAACAAGGGUGACUUGGAGUCUCUUCUUUCGGCUCUGAAGAAGAACAAGGACUGGUUUGAGCAGAUGAUCAUCAAGAACAGUGCUGUCCUCCUUCGAGGUUAUGACGUGAAGAACGCCGAGGAUUUCAAUGAAAUUGUGGAAACAUUUGGGUGGGAUGAUAUUCGUUAUGUGGGUCCUGCACCUAGAACUCAUAUUUACAAGAGAAUAUGGACUGCUAAUGAGGGACCUCUCUCUGAAAUGAUUUACUACCACCAUGAGAUGGUCUUGAUUAAGGAAUGUCCCAAAAAAGUAAUCCUAUUCUGUGAGACACCACCACCAGAAGGAGGACAAACACCAUUUGUUCCAAGUUUCCGGGUAACGGAGAGAAUGCUAGAGGAGUUUCCCGAGUAUGUGGAGGAAAUGGAUGCAAAGGGUUUAAAAUACUCAUUCACAGCUUAUAGCAAGGAUAAUACUUCUUCUAUGAGGGGUAGAGGUUGGGAAGAUGCUUUGGGGACAUCAGACCCUGCACUAGCUGAGAUAAGGGCCAAGGCUCUUGGCAUGGACUUGGAGUGGCUUCCAAAUGGUGGGGUGAAGACCAUAUUGGGGCCAAGAACUUUAACGAAAGUGUUUGAAGGAAGAAAAGGAAGGAGGAUGUGGUUCAAUACGGUAGUAGGCAUGCAUGGGAAGGAGCUUAGCUCUGCCACAAUGGCAGAUGGAACAGAGAUUCCAGAAGAGGUAGUGAAGAGAUGCGAACAGAUCAUCGAAGAAGAAAGCAUACAGUUCAAUUGGGAGAAAGGUGAUGUCGUUUUCCUUGAUAACAUGGCUUUGCUCCAUGGAAGAAGGCCUUCUCUUCCUCCUAGAAGGGUCUUGGUUGCUACAUGCAAGUAGAAGAUAUAAACCUUUCUUUUAUUUCUGUGUACAAUUUCUUUUAAGCGCAAGACAAUAAUGUUAGUCUAGAAGCUUUAACUUCCUUGAGCUUCAACUAUCACAUUAAGUUUUAAUUA